GGGGUGUUCCAGGAGAUGGGAAAGGUCGAGUGUCACUUCAUCAACGGCACCGAGCGGGUGAGGUUCGUGGCAAGGAACAUCUACAACCGGGAGCAGUGGGCCCACUUCGACAGCGAUGUGGGGGUGUUUGUGGGGGACACCCCGUAUGGGGAGAUCCAGGCCAGGUACUGGAACAGCCAACAAGGAGCACUGGAGCACAGACGGUCUGCGGUGGACUGGUUGUGCCGGCGCAACUACAAGAUCAUCACCCCGUUCACUGUGGAGAGGAGAGUGCCCCCC